UUCUGGAAAUUCACAUAAAGUUAUGUGACCGGGCUGCAUGACAGCUCCAGCUCAGAGGCAAAGAAUCCCAGACACUGCAAGACUCGAAUCACGAGACUAGAUGGAAAGUAAUGACCAGACCAGCAAUGAAAUGUGUGUCAGCUCCACAGCUUCACUUCUCAUUACUGUUAAGACGAUAAUAUUUUUAAUCUUUGUAAUGGUUUUCUCUUUUAUUUCAUUACAUUUUAAAGUAAAAGAUUUAAAAGGGUAAUCAUUUUUUCUUUCAAACAUAGUCGUCACAUAUUUCCUAUAUUAAAGCUUUUUUUUUUACCACUUCAUUAGUUUGUUUUAUGAGGAGGAGCAUAUGACUAAUCAGUAAAGCAUUCAUAUAUAAAACUAUUUAAAUUGUCAAACAAACAACUCAAAUUAUCUAGGCUGUCGGGUUGAAAUGAUUUCAAGCAAAUGAAUACAAUAUUAUGUUCAUUUAUUCUGUUGACCUACUCCCAAUGCCACUCUUUCUGUUUUGGCCCAAACAUGUUACUUAAGUGCAGACACAGUGACAUCUACUGGAGAACAGGAGUUAAUGCAGUGAUCACACACCUGGCCAUGUCAGUCACUGACUCAAACAGUUGCAGGAGCAACACCACAGUUUUAUAAACAUGAACACUGAAAAGACUGUGGAUUCUCCCGAAAGUGCUAAAGAGAAAAACUCCACUUUCGUUCCAUAUGAGUCUCCCACUAUCGAGCAGCUGGAGGACAUAUUACAUGGAGGUCAGCUGUCAUGUAACCAUGUUGAUGAAGUGUGGCCUAAUUUGUUUCUGGGAGAUAUGUACAUGUCUCAUGACAGAUACAGUCUUUGGAGAGUGGGUAUUACUCAUGUUCUGAAUGCUGCUCACGGUAAAUUGUGCUGUAAAGGAAGUGAUGAUUUCUAUGGCACAACAGUGAAUUACUAUGGAGUGCCAGCUAAUGACCUACCUACAUUUGAUAUUUCACCUUUCUUCUACCCCUCUGCACAAUAUAUUCAUCAGGCCCUCAGCACUGCUGGAGCCAAGAUUUUCGUACACUGUGCUGUUGGAGUAAGUCGCUCCGCUGCCCUGGUCUUGGCUUAUUUAAUGAUCUACCACAAUUACACCUUGGUGGAUGCUAUCCUGAAAGUUAAAGAGAAGAGGUGGAUUUUUCCAAAUCGAGGAUUUCUUAAACAGCUUGUAAGUUUGGACUCAAAGUUAAAAAAACAAAGGUCAGAAUGAGCAUCCUGCACAUAUCCUAAUUCUUCAGUUCAGAAUUUUAUAUACAAAAAACAUAAAAGAUAGGCUGAACAUUAAAAAUAAGAAAAAUAACUAA